UGCUGCUUAGGGUGUAUUUUGAAGAUGCACUUUAUAAGGAAAGCGUGAAUCGACGUCGAUUCAUAUUAUUAUAUUUUUUGGUUGAUAAUUUGAGAUAAUUAAUACAUUAUACUGAUUUUGAUUAUUGUUCUCGGGAGGCACGGCAUUUAGAGAAUGUGUUUACCUUAUUUGACAGCUAGUUCAAUGCCAACAGGGUUUAUGGUUGAUGAAUGACAUUCACACAGAGCAGUCGACAUUGCCCUGUCCAUGUCAAGACUGUCUACAAUAUUUUCACUGGAAUACGUUUGUAAGCCCGAAGCAGGUUGAAGAUGCGACUUCGGACUGUCCUGGGAAUAGGCAUUGGGACGUUCAGUGUCCUGGUUGGGGGGGGUAAAGGUCUACUGAAGAAUGGACCACAGACGUGCAGGUGGAGACUACAAGGAAGAAGACAGUACAGUUUUUUGCCAGAUGAUGUCAAAUCCCCACGAGCUGUCGUCAAUCCAGAUAUAUCGAAAAUCCGGAACAUUGGCAUCAUGGCACACAUAGAUGCAGGGAAGACCACCACCACAGAGAGAAUGCUGUAUUACUCUGGAUACACCAGGGCUUUGGGAGAUGUUGAUGACGGGGACACUGUGACAGACUUCAUGGUUCAGGAGAGGGAGCGGGGAAUCACCAUACAGUCUGCUGCAGUCACCUUCGACUGGAAAAAGCACAGGAUCAACCUCAUAGAUACGCCAGGACAUGUUGACUUUACUCUGGAGGUGGAGCGAGCCCUGCGUGUGUUGGAUGGGGCGGUGGCAGUGUUUGAUGCCUCUGCUGGCGUUGAGGCUCAGACUCUGACAGUGUGGCGGCAGGCUGAGAAACAUCAUGUACCCUGUAUCUGUUUCCUGAACAAGAUGGACAAGCCUGGGGCCAGUUUACACUUUUCCAUUGAGAGCAUAAAGAAGAAACUGAAAGCCAAUCCUGUGCUCCUCCAGAUUCCAAUUGGCAGCGGGAAGAGCUUCACAGGAUUGAUUGACUUGAUUACCAACCAGCAAAUGACGUGGCGGGUGAAAUCCAGAGCAGAGGAUGGCCGUGUCUUUGAGACCAAAUCUCUCAGCCAAUCAGAUGACCCGGAACUUCUUCAGGAUGCUAUGGAGGCCAGAGCAGCUCUGAUAGAACAGGUUGCUGAUCUGGAUGAUGAGUUUGCGGAGCUGUUACUUGGAGUUUACGGUGAAAAUUUUGAUGCGGUACCUCCUGCCAAACUCCAGGAGGCAGUGCGGAGGGUGACUCUGGCACGUAAAGGAGUCCCUGUGCUCUGUGGGAGCUCUCUGAGGAACAAAGGUGUUCAGCCUCUCCUGGACGCCAUCACAGCCUACCUCCCUGCCCCAAACGAGAGGCACCAUGACCUAGUGCGUUGGUACCAGGAUGACCUGUGUGCCCUGGCCUUCAAGGUGGUGCAUGACAAGCAGCGAGGUCCUCUGGUGUUUGUGAGGAUCUACUCUGGGACCAUGAAGCCCCAGUCUGCUGUCCUCAACAUCAACAGGAACAACACAGAGAGGAUGAGUCGGCUGCUGCUGCCAUUUGCUGACCAGCAUGUGGAGAUACCUUCUCUGACUGCAGGAAACAUUGCACUCUGUGUGGGCCUCAAGCAGACAGUGACAGGGGACACUAUUGUGUCCUCCAAGGCCUCGGCAGUGGCUGCGGUCCGGCGGGCCCAGAAGGAGAAGGAGGGGGAGAGGAAGAGGGGUGGAGAGCAGGCCAGUCUGGUGCUGGCUGGAGUGGAGGUCCCCGAGCCUGUCUUCUUCUGCUCCAUAGAACCCCCCACUAUGUCUAGACAGGCAGAUCUGGAGAAUGCCCUGACCUGCCUCCAGAGAGAAGACCCUAGCCUGAAGGUCAGGGUAGAUUCAGACUCUGGACAGACCAUUCUGUGUGGAAUGGGAGAGCUGCACAUUGAGAUCCUCCAUGAUCGGAUCAGGAGAGAGUACGGCAUCGAGACCCACCUGGGACCUCUACAGGUGGCCUACAGGGAGACCAUCCUCCAAUCAAUGGCCACCACAGACACGCUGGACCGUACAGUUGGGGAGAGGAGACACAUGGUGACUGUGAGUGUGGCGGUCUGCCCCAUCAUGGACUCCUCUUCCUCCUCGCUCACUUCCUGUGAAAUCACCUACGAUGAGGAAGUGGAGGAGCAGCUGUCCCCUGACGUCAGGGACGCCGUGGAGAACGGCGUAAACAGCUCUUAUCUCCAAGGUCCGUUGCUUGGUUACCCGGUCCAGGGCGUGUCCACUAUGAUCCAGAGUGUGAGCAUGGAGCCGGGGACGUCUCUAGCUAUGUUGUCUGCCUGCGUGUCCCGCUGUAUGCUCAAGGCUCUGAGGCAGGCGGGGGGGCAGGUGCUGGAGCCUGUGAUGUCACUGGAGGUGACAGUGGGGGAGGAGCACCUGAGCUCUGUGCUGGGUGACCUGGCUCAGAGACGAGGGGCCAUCCGGGACAUCCAGAGUCGCCAUGACAGCAAGGUGCUGCUUGCCACCGCACCCCUGGCUGAGAUGAUGGGCUACUCCACCGCCCUGCGAACUCUGACCUCUGGCAACGCCACCUUCUCCCUCCAGCUGGACAUCUAUGAGGCCAUGAACCCCCAACACCAGAUUGCCCUGCUCAACAAGAUGGCUGGCCUCGCCUGAUGACAUCACGCAGAGAUGGAAGAGUAAUUCUGGGAAAUCCCUGCCACAAAAGGACCAGCUGACAUGUGUUAACGAGAGAAUCACUGACAAGUGUGAGUGUUGAGGAGGACAAGGCUGGAGAUCACUCUAAUGCUGAUUGAGUUCAAAUAACAGACGAAGCUUCAAAAGGAGGGUGGUGCUUGGAAUCAUUGUUUUUCCUCUGUCAAAUAUGGUUACCUGCAAGGAAACAUGUGCCGUCAUCAUUGCUUUGCACAAAAAGGGCUUCACAGGCAAGGAUAUUUCUGCGAGCAAGAUUGCACCUAAAUCAACCAUUUAUCGGAUCAUCAAGAACUUCAAGGAGAGAGGUUGUUGUGAAGAAGUCUUCAGGGCACCCAAGAAAGUCCAGCAAGCGCCAGGACCAUCUCCUAAAGUUGAUUCAGCUGCGGGAUCGGGGCACCACCAGUACAGAGCUUGCUCAGGAAUGGCAGCAGGCAGGUGUGAGUGCAUCUGCACACACAGUGAGGCAGACUUUUGGAGGAUGGCCUGGUGUCAAGGGCAGCAACGAAGCCACUUCUCUCCAGGAAAAACAUCAGGGACAGACUGAUAUUCUGCAAAAGGUUAAUUUCUCAGAAUCCCCUUUCAGGUUUUUUUGGGCAUCCUUCAAAAAGCUUUUCCGGAGAAGACAAGGUGAGAGCUACCAUCAGUCCUGUGUCAUGCCAACAGUAAAGCAUCCUGAGACCAUUCAUGUGUGGGGUUGCUUCUCAGCCAAGGGAGUGGGCUCACUCACAAUUUUGCCUAAGAACACAGCCACGAAUAAAGAAUGGUACCAACAUCCUUCGAGAGCAACUUCUUCCAACCAUCCAGGAACAGUUUGGUGAUGAACAAUGCGUUUUCCAGCAUGACGGAGCACCUUGCCAUAAGGCAAAAGUGAUAACUAAGCGACUCGGGGAACAAAAUAUUAAUAUUUUGGGUCCAUGGCCAGGAAACUCCCCAGACCUUAAUCCCAUUGAGGACUUGUGGUCAAUCCUCAAGAUGCAGGUGGACAAACAAAACCCCACAAAUUCUGACAAACUCCAAGCAUUGAUUAUGCAAGAAUGGGCUGCCAUCAGUCAGGAUGUGGCCCAGAAGUUAUAUGACAGCAUGCCGGGGCGGAUUGCAGAGGUUUUCAAAAAGGGUCAACACUGCAAAUAUUGACUCUCUGCAUCAACUUCAUGUAAUUGCCAAUAAAAGCCUUGACACUUAUGAAAUGCUUGUAAUUAUACUUCAGUAUUCCAUAGUAACAUCUGACAAAAAUAUCUAAAGACAAUGAAGCAGCAAACUUUGUGGAAAUUAAUAUUUGUGUCAUUCAAAACUUUUGGCCACAACUGUAUACUUGAGUCAAGAGUUUUUUUGCCCCAAUUCUUAUAAGGGGGGUGCACCACAUAAUUAAAUAGAACAGUACGUUUCUCUAUGGGGGCGACUUACUGGACCAUGCGACAGCGGUGCUGGAUCAGACGACUAUAAGCAUCGUUUGUGUCUUUCACAUCCUUGUCACUCCACAACCGCUCCCCCACAGCACUGGCACGGGGCCUGGGGAUAGGAGAGAAACAUCUUCACAGACUAACAUUACAGACAGUGGAUGGAGAGGAAAGGUAUCCUCUAAGAUCUUUUUUGAAACAUUUGGGUUUGUCUGCAGCGUACCAGAGUCUGGGGGUCAGGUUGGUAGCGUCCACGUAUUCACCCCACAGACAGGCCUCUCCGCCGACUACCAGCUUCUUCUGAGCAUCUGUGCCUGGGUUCACAAGGUCAAAUGUAAUUCAGGGGUCAGGAGGCAAUCACAUGGAAAAGUUUCUGUAUGCCCAUUUCUGCAUUUAAUCUUUAAAUGAUGUGAAUGGAGUUAUUCAUUCUACUACUUCAGUCAACAGGGUUGCACAGAAAUAAAAACGCAUGACCAUCGGAUCACAAGACAGAAGUGGAUGGCUUUUGGCACGGAAGGCGUUUUCCCUGUUCAGGCUCAGAGCAGGUGGGUUGGACCUUAGCGGACUCGUAUGACACAGGUCUAUCAAUUUAGAACAGCAUGGUUAGGGCAAAGUCUUCCUUUAUCACAAACAAUAAAAGUCAAUGUAUUGGUCCUUGCUGCCCUAAUGUAAAUAUACAGUGAGGCAUCUCGAUAAGCGUUUACACCUGUCGAUGUAAAAUAUAAAACUCCAACCGUCAUUUUUAAAUCACACAGCAAAGAGUAGUAUUUUUUUCAGAAAUAAAGCAUCUGCCUAAAGUGUCCAGAUAGACACACACACCAUUAAAGUCCUGUGGGUCUGCCUUGUAAGCGGCCUGCCAGUCUUGGCCGUAGGAGAUGCGGUUCAGGUACCAGGGUGUGGAGAGCAGGGCCUGGUAGCCUGAUGCUGUGACCCUUGCCAUCUCAGCCUGGUACUGCUGCUGGUUGCCUUUCCACACAUGGAUUAGCGUGUCUGCCUUCAGCUACAUACAGUAGACACACAUCACAUACUGUAGAUACACAUGCAACGUUUGAUUGAGGAGUAUCCUUAGUAUUUAGGUGUAGUAUUAGUACUACUAAGUGUAGAGUAGUAUUUUUUUGGGGGGGGGGGGG